AGAGUAAGCGUGCCAAAAAACUUAAAUGUCCCGUAUAAAAUGCUGUAUGCAACAAUCAGAGAUGUUCUUCUCAGUCACACAUGGUGCUGCUAACUUUGACCUCAAAAAUAUCGCGAGAUUCCGUGUUUUCCACGGUAAGCGGAAACACGUGAUCUCCAAAGAAGGCGGAAAUAGGUUGGCUCUACCUCCGCAUGCAGAAUUGAGCUCCACGACAAGGUUAGUUUUAUUUCAACAUAUGCACGUCUCAAUCUUUGAUCUCAACUCAAAGAUUCCAUUGGAAGAAUGCAACACAUGCUGUAAUAAACUGUUCCACUGCCCCAUUUGUCCCAACUUUGACCCCACAGUGAAGGAAAGGAUUGAGAAACACAUGAACCACCACAUUAGUCAUGGUUUGCCUUACAAAGACAAAAUUUUACUCCGAUGCAGCCUUCAUUGUAGGCCACAGGGACAUUUCCACUGCCCCAUCUGUUCUAGAACAGUCAUGCGCCGUUUGGAUAUGAAGAGGCAUUUACUGCUAUGUGAGGGAUUUAUGGAAAAAGAUCCAAGCCCAGAGCCAUGUCUGCCACCCACCUCACUCCCUAAUGACCAUCUUAUUAAGCUACUUUCUUCGCCGUCUGUGAAAUCUCUCCUGCAAGUCAUCCCCCCGUCUAAGAAGCCGCUCCUGCAAGGUGCGCCAUCUUCUGUGGAGCCUCUCCUGCCUGAUGCUGCACCCACUGUGAAGCCUUUUCUGCCAGACACGGCUCCUGGUCCCGUUUCUGAUCCGCAAUCCUCUACAUCUUCGAACGAACAUUCCUAUUCUCAAGCCUCUGGGCCUGAUGUAACCACGGCUUAUGGAAAUGCAGUGAAAUGCCCUCACUGUAAUAAUAAUAUUUACUUGCUUAUGUUCAACAAACCUCCCACUUUUAACAUAAGUAACUGAAAGUUGCUUGAUGAAAGUUCAUUAAAUAGUGCCGUAAAAAUCAAAGGAGAGAUUGUAUGCCAUGGGUUGGUCUGGAAUUGGGCUUUAUUCUGAGAGAAAACAGAUUUAUCUCUGAAUGAAUGAUAAGCAGAUGACCAGUGGUCAUCCACUGAGAGGCAGGGUCUUUAGGUCAGGGUAGUCUUUACCCAACAUACAUUAAUCAUUGGAAUUGUUAGUUUGUCUUAUUUUGUUUGGUUCUUGUACAUAAAAGGUAAAACACUGAAAUUUUUUUUUACAUAUUUCUUAAAUUGUUUUCAAGUUCAGCUGCAACCUGGACUAUGUGUACAAAUAAGAUCUAAAAACACCACUAUCAAUGUUUCCACAUGUCUUAAAUAAAACCAAAAAGCUUAGAAUAGUUAAGAAUCCAAUAAUCUGUUAUUGUGGGAAUGAUUGAAAUGAAUCAUUAGUACAUUGUAUUUAAAACAAA